AUGGACGCCUACAGCAUUGCUGGUGCCUUUACUCACCAACAACAACCACAACAACAACCUUCCUCACCAGAACCACAACAGGAGCAACAACUACAAGAAUCCUUCUUUCCCCUCUCCUCUGCAUCCGUCACAUCAACCACGACACCACCAGCAACAACUGCAACUGCAACGGACGCGAACACCACCACAGCCACGACGACGUCAACGACGAGCAACUUUAAUAACGCGUCUACCACAUGGGAACAACACCAGCAGAACCCCACUUCUUCCUCUUCGGCACCUUCAUCUUUGUCUGCAUCCACUCCUGCAUCUUCUUCCUCUACCUUCCAGUCCUCAUCUUCGUCUCCAUCACAACCGUUGACCUCGUCUUCAUUGAAGGAUCUUAUCCAAGAGAACGAUUCUAUGCAAAUGCAGCAACAACACAACCACCACCAACAGAUCUAUCACUCACAUUAUCAACAACAGCACCACCAACCGCCACACCAUCAUCACCACCACCACCUCGGCGGCAGCACUACCAUGAACGACGACGACCCCUUUGGCGACUACGUUGGCAUGAACUCUAUGGCACAUCAUCACCAGCACCAGCACAACCACCACGCCCGCCAGCACAUGAUGGUCGAUCGGUUCUCGCAUAUGGAUGAUGGUCUUACCCUCGCCAUCUCGACGCCUUCCUCUUCAAGCCCGGACAUGAACACCAACAGCAGUGCCAGCAUGGGAAUCCCAAACCACCACCAGCACCAACUGAGCGUUCAUAGAGGUCACCACAACGGCAACGGUUCUGGUAACGCGGCGUCCAUCUCCAACCAGGUCUGGUCCCUGGCCGCAGCCCUUCAACAGAAUAGCACCCACAACAACCAUAACAGCAGCAGCAAUGGUACCACCAAGCAGCCCAAGGCGACCAAGACCAAGAAGGCCAGUGCGCGUCCCCCGCGCGCGCUCGAGUGCUUCAAUUGCAAGGUCACACAGACCCCACUUUGGCGUCGCACCCUGGAUCGCAAACAUUCCUUGUGCAAUGCCUGUGGUCUGUACUACAAGCAGUACAACGGUCAUCGCCCGCUUCAUAUCCGCCACAAGCCCUCCCUCAGCCAGAACAACAACUCAGCCAAUGGAGGAGCGCACCAUCAACAGAACCGAGAGCACGCGUCGCCCUAUACCCUCGCUCCCUCUGGUAACGCGGCCGCUAAUGCGGCAGCGCGCUCAAAGAAAGAUUCGUCAGCUUCGUCUCCUAGUUCUUCGUCCCCCGUCAUGUCCCCCCGGAGCAUCAAGGAGGAGGAUGAGGAGCCCGAGGCGGCUGCCUCUUCCCCCGCUCCCGUCGUUCCUGAGAACAGCAACAACCAGGCCGAGGACCAUCAGCAGGCUGAGGGUCUUUGCAUAGAGACCUCUGCUGAAGAGUCGUCCGCUCAGGACAAGUCUGAUGAAGCUGCUACUACCAUCUCUGCAAAGCAGGCUCUGUCCUUCUUGGAUGUCACGACCGGUCCCCGCGUCAAGAGGAGCAGCAGCAGUGGUAACAGCAAGGGCUCAAAGAACGCGUCCCGCCACCGCCAGACCCGCUCCUUCAACGGUCCCAUCCAAACCGACCUCUCGGGUUUCCCUAUGAACCAACAGCCCCACUCUGCAGUUGAAUGGCAGCAGCAGCAUGGCAACAUCCACGCCGACAUGAUGGGCAACCCUCACCAGCAGCAUCAUCACCACCACCACUUGGCCGGUCAAGACGCCGCUUCGGCUGCAGCUGCCUUUGCCCACUACCACUCGACUGGCUUCUUGCCCGAGGACUUGAACGACUCGCCGCUCCUCAUGGGCGAUGCUGGCCCCUUCUCGCCCACCAGCACUUUGUCCUCUCCCUUGACUGCUUCGAUGAUCUCCCCCCUCAGCCACGGUGGCGCCAUGGCCGCCUACUCCCUCCCCCCUACCGCACUUGCCGGUAUGACCGUCGACGGCCUCGUUGCUUCCUCCAAGGAUGAGCUCCUCCACCACCAUCACAACCAGCAUCAAACCCAACAGGACAUGAACGGUAACUCUACCACCGGAUCCUCCCAAAAGUCUCUCAUCUUUGACGACAUGCGGUUCCAAGUCCUGGUCGAGCACAUGCGUCCAGGCCAGAUGUACAAGUUCCUCAACAUCCUCGAGAACCGAUGCCACGUCCUCCGUCAUCGCCUCAGCAUGCCCAACGAUUCCUCCGAGUUCGCUGCCACUUCUGCAGGCUUGACACCUCAACAACAACAGCAGCAGAUGAACAUCCUGCUCGCCCAACAGCAGCACCAACAGUCGAUCGUCUCAACCCCAACCACAGAGUGUGGUUUCGGGUCCUUGUCAUUGUCUUCACCACCCGUCAAGGAGGACCGUAUGGGUUACUCCUGGCCUACUACUUCCUACAACCAGCAGCAGCACUCUCAGAUGGUUGCCGCAUAUAACAUGAGCGGAUCUGAAGCUGCGACGAUGGAGCCUGAAUACCACACCUUCCGCCAGCAGCAGGUCUUCCAGCCGGUCGCUGGUCGUGGAGGAUCGGAGGAUUGUGAUGAGCACGAUGAUGAGGAAACUGCCAACAACAACAACAGCGCGUACUGGCAUCACCAGCAGCAGCAGCAAUCGUCGAUCACCGUCUUUGCUGCCAGCGACUAA